AACUCUUUCAAGAAGGCGCCAUUUUUGUAUUCAUUAUUGGAAAAGAUUGGCAAAAAUAUACGUUAGUUGACUGGAUCCUGCCCUUGUAUGGGUUAGGUGAUUUAAUGUCAAGUUCACUUACUUCUGGAGGAAAUAGUUCUUACUAUUGCCCGGAGAUGUUUUCACAACAAGGUCAAUGUUCGUUAGUGGGAGGAGCCAGCCAUUCAAAUGUUUACGAUAACAAUUAUUCCGAAAUAAUGAUGUUAAUUUUACAUAAACUGAAAUGGAGUAAUGCAAUUCUAAUUUAUGAAGACAAUACAGAAUUCAUUGUCAGUGGUAAAGACAGACAUCAGAUGGAUGGAAUCUUCCUAAGCACGUACAAACUAAGUAGCGAGAAUAGCUCAGAAGACGUUUACAAGUUUUUAAAAGAUAUUUAUAAUACUAUGGAAUCACAGUUGUCUGUAGUGGUCGUUGGUGACACUAAAAUGGUGGAACGAUUAAUGACAGAGGUUAACACGUUUGAUGAUAAACGUGUCCGAGAAACAUCAAUGACGUAUCAUUCACGAUGGUUUCUAUUUCAUGUCGACGAUACACCUCUGACUGAUGUUCACUUCUUAUCCAAUCUCAACAAUGUUGCUGUUAUCAAUUUACCUUUGAACAGAAGGACAUUGGAUAUGCCAACAUAUUUAACAUUACAGUUUAUCCUAGAGAACCUGUCUACAAACGACGAAGUUAUAGAAGCCUUCUAUCAUGCAGAUGAGCUAGGUCAGAGUUGCCUUAAUGGAACAAUGAUUACUAAAGUGCAGAAUGAAAUUAGAAAUAUUUCAUAUCAGACCAGAAAAGCGUAUGCUGAAAUCGUGCGUUUUCCAAUUAUGACGUUAAAGUUCCGUAAAUCUGGGCGUCAAUGGAGUAAUGUAGGACAAGUAUCGUUAAAUGGUAGCAUUGGUUUACACUCGGACAUAUUCCCAAAUAUCCGUUAUGGAUUUAAUGGUAAACUGUUCAUCGUGUCUACAAUUGAGCUCUUUCCGUUUGAGUAUGUUGAAAAUGGAACAUGGAAAGGUCUUUGCAUAGAUUUGCUAAAUGAAUUAAGCAGAGAUCUAAAUUUCACGUAUCAGAUAGUUACAAGUCCAGAUGGGGAAUGGGGAAGAUUGGUAAACAAGUCAUGGACUGGAAUGAUUGGGCAGUUGGAGAGAAGAGAAGUUGAUUUGACUGUUACGCCAUUAUCGAUACAGGAAGAAAGAGAAAGAGUGAUGGAUUUUACAAUGGGAUUUUUCGUCGAUACGUUACAUAUAAUCAUGAAAAAACCUGAUCCGAAUAAAACAAAAUGGCUGCGGUUAGUUAAGCCUCUUCGUUGGGAGGUCAUGUUAUUGACUGGAUUCUUGAUCCCGAUAAUAUCAACUUUCUUAUUUUUAGCUGAAAAAUUCAAUCCAUAUUACAAACACGAUUUAAAGAUUGCAGCAUUGCCUGAAUUUUUAUGGUAUUGUUUCGGAUGUGUUUUUAUGCAAGGAGGAUCAAACCUUCCUGACUCACAAACAGGCAGAUCUAUUCUUUCCUGUUGGUGGUUCUUUUGUAUUGUUUUGUCAGCGACUUAUUGUGGCAACCUAAUAGCUUAUUUGACGGUUCCUAUAGAAAAACUGCCGUUUAACUCACCUGUAGCAAUGCUGGAACAAAAGGAGUAUGAAUGGGGAACAAUGGGUGGUACAUAUUUUCAAAUGUUCUUUGAGAAUUCAGAUAAUCCAACAAAUCAGGAUGUGUGGAAAGGUAUAGUUGCUUUUAACCAAACUGAUAAAAGAGUUCUUAGCUACAGUGAAAAAGACCACAUGCAGAAGGUCAAAGAAGGUCACUAUGCUUAUAUCGCUGAAAAAUCCUACUUGGAGGCAGUAGUUAGUGAAGAUUGUGAUUUAGCAAUGACCACGGAAGAAAUACUGACUGUUCAGUAUGGUGUUGGCCUUUCAAAUAAUUCACCAUAUACGAAAAUAUUUUCUGAUUCGAUUUUAUAUAUUCUUGAGUCCGGGCUGAUACAGAUAUGGAAACAAAAACAUUGGCCGAAACAGAAUUUUUGUGCUGGCUCUUUACUGACGGAAGCAAAACCUAUAAUGUGGAUUGAUAUACAAAUAGCAUUUUAUUUCCUGGGUGGUGGAGUAUUUCUAGGUUUUCUUGUGUUAUUUGGUGAACAAAUUAUCCGAAAAUACAACGAGUUGAAGAUUAGCCUAAAAGAUAAAAACAUUUCGAAAAGUGAUUUUCAAGAAGCAAACGGUUUUACAACAAAUCCAUAAUUGAACGAUAAAGCAAACAUUCGAAUAUAUAGGGAAUGAGAAAUGUGGAUAGUUUACCAGUGAGACAAAGAACGAUGGUGUAAACAAACAAUAUGUUGCCUAACGAUCUUCAUUUAUGAGAAAUUCCCAUAUAUGUUGUAUUACAGCUAAGAAUGGAUAAUGGAUUGCAAGGAAAACCAGUUCAAAAAUUAAAUGAACAGUUUAACAGCUCGAUAUUAUAGGAAUAACAUUAAUGACAAAAUAUUUAUUCCAGAGAGCAACCAUCGCAAUAUAAGGACAAAUUUAAACAUGCUUAUUAUUUAAUGAGGGCUUAACUUCUAAUAUUCAAAAGUAAAAAGCUAAAUCAAGUGCAAUAUAAUGGAAUUUUAUGCGUCUGUCAUAAAAGUGCGAGGUUUAGCUAGCUAUAAAACCAGGUUCAAUCUACCAUUUUCUACAAAAGAAAAUGCCUGUACCAAGUCAGGAAUAUGACAGUUGUUACCCAUUCGUUUGAUAUGUUUGAGUGUUUGAUUUUGAUAUUUGCUUAGGGACUUCUCCAUGUUCUUAGGAAGAUUUUUCCUCGGAGCUCGUUUUUUUUCUUAUUUCACUUUUAUGCAUAACGAAUAAACAGAAAAAAUGUACUUAUUUAAGCGAUAUAGCAACAAAUGCUCCAGAAAAGCAGUAUUAAAUAGUCAGGAUUUUACUUCGUCAAAAUUAGCUCCAGCUUUUUUUCAAUUAUGAAAAUGGAAUCCCUUAUAGGAACGUAAAAUAGAAGGUGUGGUAUGAUUGCCGAUAAGACAACUCUUCAAAAGAGACCAGAUGACACAGAAAUUAACAUCUAUAUGUCACUGUACGGCCAUUAACUAUGGGCAUAUAUUUAGAUCUUGAAAUCUGUAAUUUUAUCCACAUUGCAAACAAUUCCAAUCUUACAAUAAAGUUUCAGUUUAAGAGACGAAUAUAUCUACUAGC